AUGUCCAUAAAAGGCUUUUUAAACCGGUCGGAGAAAACGGGGCAGCAAGACGAGGUUCGUUCACAUACCCUCCAGUGGGACAUGGAGCGUGAACCCACGUGGACAUGGAGGAUAAUAGCCAAAGCCUGGAUCAAGUCUAACCAUUCGUCCUCCGCACUGCGUUCUGGUUUCGCGUGCCUCCUGCUGCUGGCGCUGACGACGGCGGCCCGCGGCGACAACAAGGAGUGGUCGUGGGGAGACGAGGGCCCCUCCGUGCCGGAGACAUCUGAGGAUGCCUUCAGUCCCUCCAGAGACCCGAGGGUUCUCGAACCCAACCCCGCAGGCGCCCUGGCCGUCGGCCAACUCGACCUCGAGGGCGCCCUUUCGCCCGAAGACCUCCACGCCCUUGAGCUCAUCCUCCUCGAAGAUGCACAAGGUCCUACGGAUCCACAGGCGUCCUUCGCCGUGAGCGCCGACGGCGUGGGAGACCUGGAGGUCGUCGACGGCGUGGUCCUCGCCAGCGGGGAUCGCCAGGCUCGCUUCCUCGGCAUCAGGGACAGGCUUUGCAAGCUCGGCAUUGGCUUUAACGUAAUGUGGCACCAAGGGCAAGGACCCGGCGAAGGCGCACGUGGCUCCGCCUCGCUUGUACCGCCCCGGCCCCGGCCAGUCCUUCCCCCUCCUCCCCCUCCCCCUCCCCGCCCCCAGCACGUCUUCCCUCCCCGCCAGCACAUCGUCACGACCGAAGCGCCCUCGGCCUUCCAGGGCAUCCUCGACGCCCUCCAGCCCCUCAUCCCGUCCUUCGGUCAGACCGAGAAGCCCAAGCCCUUCGGCCGCCCGGUAGGCAAGCCCAUCCCGCCCUCCUUCGGCGACCGCUUCCAGACGGUGGCGCGGCCGCCCCACGGCUCCCUGCACGCCAAUCCCAGCACCAACUUUGCCAUCUACCAGGAGCCCAAGCCCGCCCUCAACGUCGCCCACGCGCCCGUGCCCCUGCCCAACCACCACUCCCACCAGCCCGUGAAGCCCGCCCACGUCAACCACGGCGCCAUCCAGCCCACCACAGUGGUCGAGCACCACCACAAGCACACUACCAUCUACCAGGUGAACGACGCCCUGCCGCACGUCCCCCCACAGGUCUACCAAGGCCAGGCGCAGACCGUCCACGCCGUCGUCACCUCCCAGCGUGGCAGCGCGCACCAGGCCGCCGAGAGCGACGAGUUCGUGUUCCAGGACGACCUUGCGGGCAGCUCCUCCGACCUCCACCUGAGCGGCUCUCAGACGCAGUCGCAGGGAGUGCGCUUUGAGUCCUCCGGCGCCAAGCAGUCUAACGCACACGGAUUCUCCCAGGCUGGUUCGCAGGCUGUUCAGCAUGGCUCCCGUGUGCGCUUUGGAACCUCCUCAAGCAGCUCGCAGGCUGCUCAGCAUGGCGUCUCCAGCAGCGCUCAGCAUGGCGCCGGUGUUCGAUUUGGAAGCUCUUCCGGCGCGCAGCAAGUCAACGCUCAAGGAUUCUCGCAGGGAAGCUCCCUCGGCGUUCAACACGUGACCUUCCCAGUGGCCCAGCAAAGCUCUGGGGCGACCAUUGGAGCUUCGUCAGGAGUACGUCAAGGCGUCUUGGUAGGAAGCUCACAGGGCGUUCCCCUUGGCUCUCCUGCUGGCAUCCGCGUCAGCAGUUCAAUCAGCACUCAGCAUCACGGAUCUCAAGGCAUCUCGCAGGCGGGUAACCAAGCGUUCCAGCAAAUCAGCUCCCAGGGACACCUCCAGGGGCAGCGCCAGGUGCAUCUGCAGGGACAACAUCAGAGCUUCCAGGACAACAUGGCGCAGCAGCACCAGGUCCUGACAAGCGUCCAGGAGGCCGUCAGCGCCAACGCCAUCGACCCGAACUUCCGGCCUGGAAGGCUGGAACACGGAGGAUUCCAGCCGUUGUCUCUCUUGCCGCUGUACCGGGAACAAGAGCCGCAGUACCGGGAGGACUGCCAGUGCGUACCGGUCCAGUUCUGCCCGGCGGCGGACGUCAUCGCCCGCAGCGCCCCCGAGGACUUCAGCCAGUUCCUUGACGCCAGAACCAAGAAGACCGAAAUCCUGUCCAACAGCACCGACGGAGAGGCGCCCGAGGACGAAUCUCAAGCGUUCCUCAGAACCGCCAGCUCGUCCCGGCGCGGGAAGGUGCUCGCCCUCCCGCCCCUCGAAGCAGCCGACUCCGCGGAGACAACGGAACCGACGACCGAAGCAGCGACGGAGGCAUUCCUCGAGGAGACAACGGAACUGGCCGAGGAAGUCACAGAAGAAGUCACUGAGGAGGCGACAGAAAUGCCCGAGGAAGAAGUAACAGAAGCCGCCCCCGAGUCCCGCGUCCGAAGGGAAUCCGACGCCGACGAAGCGGAAGCAGAAGCCGAGGAGCCGACGCAAGCAGCGCCUUCCGGUCGCCGCGAGGGGCGCCAGCUCACCGGCUUCACCCCGAGCGCCAUGCGGUCCAAACCACGUCUGCUGCCCGCCGCCCCUUCAAGCCCCGCCAGCAGUUCACGUGCGGCCGCCGCAACGCAGCCGGCCGCGUGCCUGCGUCAAGAACCUCGGCUUCGCGAAGGAAGCAGGUCGUGUACCAAGUGUGGCGGCGCCCUCAUCGACGACCGCCAUAUCCUCACCGUGGCCCACUGCGUGAAAGACAUCCACCCAUCCGAGAUCAAAGUUCGUCUCGGGGAGUGGGACGUCACUUCAAAGACCGAGUUCUACGCCCACGUCGAAAUGCGGGCGUCUGGAGUCUACGCCCAUCCGGAGUACGAUGCGGGCAACCUCGUCAAUGAUGUCGCUGUCAUCAGGCUGGAGAAAGUCGUCGAUUUUCCCACACAUCACCCCGUCUGCCUCCCCGACAAGUUCGCCGACUUCACCCACCAGAGAUGCACCGCCACGGGCUGGGGGAAGGACGCCUUCACGAGCGACAGCAAGUUCAGCCAGCUCCUGAAGGAGGUGGAACUUCCGGUCGUCGACAACAAGAGGUGCGAGGUCGCCCUCCAGCAGGCGCGCCUCGGCGGCAGCUUCUCACUCCACCAGGGCAACCUCUGCGCAGGAGGAGAAAAGGACCAAGACACAUGCAAGGGUGACGGAGGCGGCCCCCUCGUGUGCUCUGGCGCUGACGGCAGCAUCCAACUGGCGGGCCUGGUGUCCUGGGGCAUCGACUGCGGGCAUCCGGGCGUCCCUGGCGUCUACGUGAAGGUGUCCCAUUACCUUGACUGGAUCCGUGCCAUCACCAGAGUAUGAAGCGCUGGCCCGUGUCUGCUCGAAAUGUCCAUAUCAUCAUGAUUCCUUCUUGAUGCCCACCAAUUCCUCAGUGUCCGUAUCAUCAGAAGUCCUUUUUGAUGUCCACCUAUCCCUCUCAACGUCCUAUUGAUAAGACGCCUGCUGGCUCAGGUGAAAAGUAAUAUCAUUAAUAAUAUUAUUAUAAUAUCUUAUUUUCUAUCUAAUUUAAGCUUCACCUUGGUGGAGAUGUGUGUAAGCACGUCUAGUGCUACGCUGUAUACUCUCAGAUAAGAGAAAAUGCUGUUACAUUUGCUAAUAAACUGUUAUUAAUUUAU